AUGCAUAAAAGAACACAUACUGGAGAGAAACCCUAUGAAUGUAAUCAGUUUGGUAAAGCCUUUGCAAGUCAUAACAAUCUUAAUAGACAUAAAAGGAUACAUACUGGAGAGAAACCCUAUGAAUGUAGUCAAUGUGAUAAAGCCUUUGCAUGUCAUAGUAAUCUUCAAAUGCAUAAAAGAACACAUACUGGAGAGAAACCCUAUGAAUGUAAUCAGUGUAGUAAAGCCUUUGUAAGUCACAGUCGUCUUCAAAUACAUACAAGAACACAUACUGUACAGAAACCCUAUGAAUGUAAUCAGUGUUGUAAAGCCUUUGCAUAUCAUGGUACUCUUCAAAGGCAAAAAAGAAGACAUACUGAAGAGAAACCCUAUGAAUGUAGUCAGUGUGGUAAAGCCUUUGAAUGUCAUAGUACUCCUCACAGGCAUAAAAGAACACAUACUGGAGAGAAACCCUACAAAUGUAAUCACUGUGGUAAAGCCUUUGCAUGUCAUAGUAAUCUUCAAAUGCAUAAAAGAACACAUACUGGAAAGAAACCCUAUGAAUGUAAUCAGUGUGGUAAAGCCUUUGCACAUAAUAGUACUCUUCAAAGGCAU